AUGAGCGUGCAGGGAAUCUCAGAGCAGCGACGAUUUAGCCCAGAAGAGUGGAAAAGGCGGUGUGAACAGGUUGGAUUGACGAGAGAAGUGUCUGAUGCUCUUUUUCUCUUUUUUUUUGGGACGAAUUGGCGUGUUCUAACGACUCCAGAGGCAGCAGUAAAGUUCAUUGAAGAGGCACGGCUGGAAACACCUGCAGGACUCGAAAAAGUGGGUGAACGGGUCGAGAUACAGAACGCAAUUCACCGGGGAGAUGUGCGGAGUGCUAUUGAGAAAAUUAAUGAGCUGAAUCCAGAACAUGAGGUGAAGCGUGCUUGGGUCUUUGAAUGGUGUUUUGUGUGGUGCAGUUUUGGUUUUAUGGUUUUGACGGUAUAUUUUGGAGGUUUUAGGGGGUUUUGUGGCUCUAGAAGGCCUUUGUGGGCACUGGAAGUCCCUUUUCGGCCUUGUGGAGCACUCUGGAGCGCGCUGGAGCCUUUUGCUGUUUAUUUUGGUGCACUACUGUACUAUUCCCAGAAUUUACCAUUUUUAAGCCGGGCUGCAUUGGCAUGGUUGCAGCAAGACUUCAGUAGCGUUCCAGCUAUGACGAGAGAUUACCCUUCAGUCUUCAAUAUGAGCGCUUUACACUUUAAACCGUUAGAAUUUGCAAAUCACAUACUCGAGUUGAUUGAACGGAUGCGAACUAUGAUGUCUUCACCUAAUGCAGAUGUGAUGCCGGUUCUCGAGUUUGCAACUAUACAUUUGGCACCGCGUGCACCAAAAAAUGUAGCGUUUAUGGAGGAUCUUGAGUCAGCUAUGGCAUUGCUUUGUUUUUCCUCGAAUAAUGUGGUACCGGCACUUAAGCCGCUACUUGACUUGUCAUUGCGCAAAACAGUUGCGUCUCAUGUUAAUGAGGCAAUUCUUGAAUCACAAGGUCUUGUACAAGAAUCUAAGAUUAAAACAUUGCUUCGUCUCUGGGGAUGGAGUCAGAAAAAACUUCGCCAAGAUGCGGAUUUUCCUGCUUUUGAUUUUACAGGUACAGAUUAA